UUCCAGUGUCUGUUCAUGCUAGUCGUCGUCCAAGCACUGUCUGCGUUGCCACCAGUUCCGCCACAGAACAUCCAUGUUAAUAACUGGCUGCUGACAUGGACUCCUUCCAGCGAGGAGGGAGAUCCUACCUACACUGUUCAGUACAGCAGCUUUUCCAGCGGCGUGUGGACAAAUGUGCCAUCCUGCGUCCAUAUGUCUUCAAAUUCCUGUAAUGUAACUUCCACCAAAGCUGAGGGUGAGCACGGCUGUGUUAUGCUACGUGUACAAGCAGAGAGGAGUGGGCUGACCUCAACAUCAGUCAAAGCCUGUAGCAGACAUGGUGACUCCUGUACCCCUGACUUCAGUCUGACACCCCGGCCCGGCUCCCUGACGGUUAAUUUGAGUAGUAACCAUAGUUUGGCUCUGGAAUAUGCAGCUCAUGCAAAACACAGGGUUUACUAUGGCAAGGAAGGAGAGCCCCUGCUGAAGUAUAAAGAUACUGUGGCCUCCGUGACCAUCUCUAAGCUGCAGGAGGGACAGCGGUACUGUGUACAGGUGCAGUACCUUUACUUUCGUAAUCCCGUCGGACUGGCCACCUGUACCCAGUGUGAGCUCAUCCCAGAAUCAAAAAAAGAAGGACAAACAGUGAUAAUAGCUGUGGUGCUCAUCGUGGUCCUGCUUGGCCUGAUUCCUGUGGUAGCCUACUUCCUCAUCUGUAAGACUGAGAGAAUCAAGCAGUGGCUGCGACCGCCCUACCAGCUCCCAGAAGAUUUCUUCCUGGAACCAUUUCCUGAGCAUCACCUCUCCAUCUUCAGCAGCAGCCCCACUGAGGAGUGCUGUGUUAUUUCUUCCAUUUCCUCUCAGGAGUUAAGCAACUGAAAGCAGCUUCUGCGCUACUCCCCCACUUUGUGGCCUUGUUAUAUGUGCCAUACAUUGAAGCCAUACUUUUUGAAUCAGUGUAAGAGACAAAUUGAUUUCUAGUUCAAACUAAAUUGCUGGGAAGAGAGUCUAAUUUGAUCUUCAUUUAGCUUUCUUUCUAGGAGAGAAAAGGGAGCAAUGAAAAGACUGAAUCACUCUCUAGACCACUCAAGUUGAAAAGGCUCCACACUGUUAUUACCCCCACUCCCAUAGGAACAGUGUGACCUUGUCUCAUAUAUAUAUAUAUAUAUAUAUAUAUAUAUAUAUAUAUAUAUAUAUAUAUAUAUAUAUAUAUAUAUAUAUAUAUAUUAUAUAUAUAUAUAUAUAUAUAUAUUUUUUUUUUUUUUUCACAGGGCCUUCCUUUGAGCCAAGAAUACUGCUCUACAUUCAUAAUGUUUAAUGUGGUACUUUAGCUUAUUUGAAAGUGUAUCACUUCCAUUUUGUUGCACCUAGGCAUUAACAAACCACAUGAUAACAUUCAAAGCAUUAACUAAGUUUGGUUUAAUAAAACCACCUACAAACACACAGAUACUUUACCUUAGCUUUGUAAGUAAAAUUAAUUUAUACAGUGUUUUCCACAAACAGGGUUAGUUCUUUACAAUGUGUAUAGAUGAUAAAACAUAGAUAAAAUAGUCUAAGAAUAGAAUAAAGAAAAAAUAAAAAACGAUAAAAUGAUCAGUAAAUAAAAGACAUAGGUUACCCAAAAGCUAGCCUAAACAAGUUUGUCUUCACUUUAAACAGUCCAGUCCACAUUCAGCAAACCAAACUCUGGUGUUGCUCUUUUGGUGUAUACCCUCCUGUUUUUACCUCUAAUGAGUUUCUUCUAAUGUCAGCAAUUGAUUUUUAAUUUCAGCUCUAUCCCCACAUGUCAAUUGUCACCCCAAGGUUCCUUAGACUAGGCCGGACCCCAGAUGACACAGGUUCAAUGUUCUGCUUAAUUGGAGGGAUAGCGCUGUCUGGCGCUAUGAUUAAAACCUCCGUCUUAUCCGGGUUUCGGCUGGAAAAAGCUUUUAGCUUUCCGGUUGUUUGUGCAACCCAGGAGCCUUGUAAGAUUGGAUGUCUCAUUCUGCCUGAAGGUGAAAUGAAGCUGACUGACAUCUGUAUAGUGAUAAGAGAUGUUAAAAAUGUGAAUAGUCUGACCCAGCAGCAGCGAGCAGAGCGGUGCAGCGAGAGGUCAUGGCCCGGUAAGCACAGGCGGACACAGGGUGGUAUAGUGGGGGCGGAUCACCGAUAAAACCUGACAUUUCAGCGCUAAUAAGCAAUAACAUUUCCCGAUUACAAACCAGCACCGCUGAUACAUUUAUCGAUAAGAAUAGUGACAUUAAAAAGCAUAUUGCAAUAAGUAUCUGAGUUAGAGAGGACCGUUGUACCUUGCCAUUGUAUGGCUAUGAGAAGCAUUUGAAAACCCCCAAAUCCUUAAAUGUAGUCUACCAAAACUCCCUCAAUCACUCAUCUGUGAUCUGGAUAUUUUUUGACAUAUGAAUCGAGCCAUUCUGUGGUAAGGUAUUUGUGUGUUCAGGUGUUCUGUACUGUUAUUGUUAUUCAUUGAAUAUAGAUUAGAUCUAGAUUUUCUGAGUAUCAUGAUGUUGCCCUUGUCCGGCGCUGCCAUUAUUGACUGCAUCCAUGGUUUUUACCGACCUAUGUCAACGUUUCCAUGUGUGUUUUUUUACUUCUUUGAAUUUGAUGAAAUCAUAAAUGUUCUAUGAGGCGAUGAGUUAAAUCAUGUGUAUCAGUUAGUUUAAUGUUGUGUUCAGAUCACCUGUUGGCCUUGGGACUUUUUCUGUUCUGACACCGACACAAAAUAAAUAACUGAUGUAAAGACUGAAAGCUU